UCCAAUGACCCCAUUUCGCAGAUGGAAAGUAUGAUAACAUGCUGCAUUUGCGGAAGAAAUGGGUACUUGUUACCUUGGUUGCCCUGACAAUGUUAGUCUUGGGCUUUAUGUUGGCUGGAGCGGAAAGACGGAAUAGUAUGCGACUCUGGCGGGGAUUGCAGCAGCACACUUCUGUGGAACUUUCAACGCCAAAGAGCAAAGGCACUCACAUGCAGACGCAGGACUUGACAGAGCAAAUAGACGGAAAAUCAAGCUCGCUAUCCGAGUUACGGAAACCUGGAGAAGUUAUCAUGAGUAAAAUGGUGAACGAAACUUUAAAAGCGGAGCUGGGUAGAUCAGCAUGGCGGUUGCUGCAUACAAUGGCUGGCAAGUUUCCAGUAGAACCUACAGUAGACGAACAAGAAGCUAUGCGGGAUUUUGUUUAUCUGUUUGCCCGACUAUAUCCUUGCGGCGAUUGCGCUCGGCACUUCAAGGUUGUCCUGGAGGCAAAUCCUCCCGAUGUCACUACCCGCGAAACUAUUUCAAACUGGGCCUGCAAAGUGCACAAUGUGGUCAACGAAAGAUUAAAGAAACCUAUUUUCGACUGCGCAAAACUCGCAGAAACUUGGAAGUGCGGGUGCGCGGAGAAUGAGGAAGAAGCAUCGUCCUAGUUUCCAGCUGGAUCAGACGAUAUGAUGCACGCAACGUCUUCAAUGUUUAUUUAUCCCCAUCCCAUAAACAAUAGACCGUAAUGUGGAAGAGCGGGUUAGAUUACUGUACGUAUUAUCGUGAUCGUAUCACAUUAGUCAGCCAGCCAAGCUAUUUAGCAAUACAUGGGUAUUGUUUCCCGUUGUAGACAAACGUCCCGCUCUGGUAGAUAUCCUCCAGGAUGUUCUCAAGUUUGCCGUUGACACCACGACAUCCAUCUGUAACUUUCUGUGCCCAUAAAAAGUAUUCGCGUACUCGAUCUAGC